ACAACCUAAUCGGCAAAUCUGAAAUCCCUAACAUUAGAAGAACAGAGUCUACGAUUCGAGUAGACGAGUACUCGACGAGUCACGAGCGUCGAGCGGAGUGGAGCUUGGAGUCGACAAGCGGAGUCUGCCUGAUUUCCUUAGCUUGCGCAGUGGCGCCAUGGACGCUGAAGGCUGGACGGCAAACGAUUAAGGGCUUUAGUGCAGACCAAAAGGAAAAAAAGCAGCGAGAACUCGAGAAUGGGGUCAAGAAAAUCAAAAGCUCCGAUUCCAAAUUCACAAAGUGCAGCUUUUAUGGGCAGAUUUUUGAGUAAAACGUCCUCCUCAACACCCUCCUCAACACCAGGAAGUUCAAGUGUAAAUUUGUGUAAUAUUACUUCUCAAUGUCAUAAUCCAAUGUCUCAAGAAGUCGAUUUGGAUGACCUUCCUUCGGACCCCGCAAAAAGAAGAAAAAUUUCUGAAUAUCAUCCUAAUCAAAGGGAUGAAAUUCGAAGAAAAUAUCUGAUUAAAGGUCCUUGCCAACCACGUGGUCAUGACUUCCCACAAAAGGAAAUCGGGAAUACUUUGAGACGGUUUAAUUCUAAAUGGUUUGAUAAAUAUCCUAGCUGGUUAGAGUAUAGUUUUCAAGAUGACAAAGCUUUUUGUUUAUGUUGUUACUUGUUUAGAGAUUAUUUUGAAAAUCGUGGUGGAGUGAUGCAUUUGUAAGUCAGGGCUUUUUAAGUUGGAACAAAACUGAGAGAUUAGGUUCUCAUGUGGGUGAAAUAAGUAGUUUUCACAACAUAGCAGUUAAAAGGUGCGAUGCUUUGAUGAACCAAGAUCAAUCAAUAGCAGUUGCAAUGGAUAGACAAAAUGAAAUUGUGAAAAAUGAGUACCGUAUUCGCUUGAAUGCUUCUAUUGAUGUUUCAAGAUUUUUAUUGCAUCAAGGACUCCCUUAUCGUGGUCAUGAUGAGUCUGAAGAUUCUAACAAUAGAGGGAAUUUUUUGGAAUUGCUUAAGUAUACCGCUAGUCAGAAUGAGGCGGUUAGUAAGGUUGUAUUAAAAAAACGCUCCAGGGAAUAAUCAAGUUAUUGCUCCAAGCAUUCAAAAAGAUAUUGCCAAUUGUUUUGCACAAGAAGUGGUGCGUUCUAUUAUUGCAGAUAUUGGUGAUGAUGUGUUUGCUUUGCUUGUUGAUAAAUAGACAUGAUUCGACAAAGCCACCAAGAAAAAGUGAAGCAAGCUAUAAGCAGUGGCGAAAUUAGCACGGGAACAGGUUUGAAUCAGGAACUUGCACUUCAAAGACCCGGAAACACGCGGUGGGGUUCUCAUUAUAGAACACUUUUGAAUUUGGUUGAAUUGUUU